AUGACGAUAACUAUAGUGAGCAAACUUGAGCGGUCACUUUACAGUUGUCCGCGCGCGAGUCUAGUGUUUUUAUUUUUAUUAUUAUCAAAGCAUUUUUCUUUUAUCUGUCUUUUUUUUUAUAUAGAAACUAAAUAACAGUAAUUGUGGUGACAUUGUUAAAACUACCAAACAGGGCACGAUAUCGUUUCAGUUCCACAACGGUAUUUCAGUGGACCUCACGCUCGAUGGAUCGGUCAGAGUUUCUAAUCAGUCGGUAAGAAGAAAACAAUAAUAUUAAUUUAGAGGUCACCACGAUAGUAGGUCGCAUUUUCAUAAUAUGUCUGUAUUUUUUCUAACCAGCAAUACGUAUAGCAAUCGCAUAUUCACAUAAACGAAAAGACUUUUAAAAUCGGCAUUAGAGAUAAAAGCCUAUUAUUACUGUUGUAUAACAUUUGUAGAAUAAUGUUGUAUAACAUCGGUAAUUUUGUAUUUCUAUCUUAAAAUUCAACUCACCAAUAUCGAAGGUACACAAAAUAGUAUUUUUGUAAUGAUAAUAUUUCAAAAACUGUGAUCUCUCGAUAAAUAGUGGAUGGAUCAUUCUAUGUUGUUCAUCUGUGACGGAAGAGAACUAAUGUAACCAUUACGGUUACAAAAUGUAGCACCGGUUACCGGAUAAUGGUAUCAUGAUUUACGUUCUUAUCUCUCAUUAAUUCAUUAUCAUUAUCAUGAACGUUUUUUGGUGGGUUAAUCUUACUGCUCUCCUAAAGUCCUAACCUACUAAUUUUUAUACGUAGCCAUGAUUAACAUAUAUUUUCAAGGAUCUUUUUUAAUUAUUUACUUGAAUAAAAUUAUUAAAUGUUUGUAAACAUUUGUUAUUUAUCAUAUUAUAUUAUAUUAUGUUAUAUUAUGAUAUUUUUUUGCUCAUAUAAUAGUGUUUCAAUGUUUUUUAAUGUUAUUUUUACGUAGAAUAAUCAGUGGCGUGCUCACCUCUUUCUUAUGGGAGGGGGGGAGGAUGAAAUGUAUUUUAUCUUGUUGAUAUUCAUAUACACAAAUAUACAAAAUAUACUUAUUGGUAAAUACAUUAAUAUUUUAGGAGUAUUUACAAAUUGCAAUGUUAGUACACAUAUAUGAUAAUUUAGUGUUUUAUCCAAAUAUUUUAAACCUCUUUUUUUCAAUUUUUUCAUUUAAAGGAAACUUAAAUGUGGAAAAUGGUGUCCAUAUAUUUCUAAAUGCCUUAAUAGUAAAAGACAAAAGUUAUGUACACAAGGUACAAGGUAGUAAGAACGGAUUUUUUUUUAUCUGAAAUAAAGUCUAAACUUUCAGCGAAUUUAUCAACAUUUGUUAAUGUACAGUUCACAAAUAAGCUUAUAUCGUUUAUAAUAUAAAAUAUGAAAUUUUUAAACAUAUUUAAGCAAUUAAGCAUAUAUAUUAAUAUAAAAUUUGUAUUAUACCAUAGCUAAAAACUGCAUAACUGUAAAUACUAUUGAUAACAUAUUAAUAGGCCAAUAAUCGCGUUUAUAACAUAGUUAUUAGAAUAUAAUGGAUUGAAAUAUUAUGAUGUCCAUUGAUUGGUAUCCUUUUUUUUAUAUAGUAUUUAUGCACUAUCUAUAGAUAAUUACUAUUACUAUAGUAUCUACUAAACAUAUUUUAUAUGCAUAAAUGUAUGAUAAUAACUAACGUGACUAAAAAUUAAAAUAUUAUAAUUAUAAUUACAAAUACAAUAAUUAUAAAUACAAUUAUAAUCACUACCUUUUUCUUCCCGAGAAAGCCGAAACUACCCGGGAACUUAAAACAAAUGCAUGAAAAAAAAUGUCAUGGGGGGACAUGACACCUUCGCCCUCCCCCUGUGAGUACACGCCUAUGGAAAUAAUAGUAAAUUAAAAUAUUUAAAACAUUUAAACAAUAUUACAAUGACGUACGUGAAGUUGGCCCUUACGCCUUGUCAAAACGAAUUCCAAAUAGUACCAGUAUUUUUUAUGUAAUGAGCAAGAAUUUACAAGUACAAUUCCGCAAUCUCUAGGCCCCUACGAGCCCUCGAAAUUUUGAAUUCAGCCCUUAUAUGUUUUUCUAGACAUUUCAAUUCGAUGUCAAAACACUCGUUAUAUACAACGCUAUGUGAGCUAGAACGUAAAUUGUAGUGUUAUGGUUGAAAUUCUAGCAAAAUGAAAAAGAAAUUUUAUAUUUUUGAAAGUUAUACGGAUUUUUUAUAAAAAAAAAAAAGUACCAUACAAAAAAAAACUAAAAUUGUUAUAAUUUUUUCAUAUGGCAAUAGAAAAAAGCUACUUACAACACUCGAAAAUAUUUCCUUGUUUAAACUCUAAUUUUAACAUACACGUCCCAAUAUACGUUCUAAGUAACGUAAUCUUGGCGUUAUGUUGCCCAUUAGACAAACUAUUAGAUGCAGGUAUUGACGUAUAACAUUCUAUUAAUAGCAUCGGUUUAUAAAAAAACGAAAACAAAUUAUUGUUGCAACGCGAUAUUUUCAGGCAAACGCUGUCGCAGCUGUUAACCCGAACGGCAGUAUUUCGGCGAUUAUGCAUCCGGUCGGUUUUAUGUAUAAGAAAAACGAAAUCGUAAAUGUUCAAGCAAACGACAUGCGCCUCGGAAAUCACAAGUUAGAUAUUAUUAUGCACACGUGGGUUAUGGUUAUAAUAGUUUAUUAUCGGUUGAAGAGAAACGUCCAACUCCACCUCAGAAAAGACAUAUAUAACCCCUUGUCUUUUUAUUUAUUACAUAUUAUUUAACUGUAGCCCAUAAAUACAAAAUAGGACUCAAACGAAACCUAAACACAGAAAAAUAAAAAUCCUAUAAUCUCAAAAAAAAUACCUUUUUAACAACCCAUAAGCGCAAAUAAAUUUUAAAAUAAAAGUAAAGUGUAUUUUAUUAAAAUUAGGUAUUAUUAUUUAAGCUUUUAAAUUUCCCAUCAUCGUAAUUUGUCACGAUAAAAUACAACGAAAUAAAACUAAACAUCUACUGAACAUAAUAACUGUUGUUUUUGAAAUAUAAAAAUAAUAUUUAUAAUUAUUUAUAUCUAAUAAAUAUUUUUAAAAAAUACUAUUUAUUUGAGAAUUAAAUAUAAUAAGAGUCAAAUUUGAAAAUCAAAUGUACAGUAUUAUAUCAAAAAAUACAACGAACUUUUGCAUUUUUAUCCAAUUACCUACUAUUUACUAAGGUACAGAAGCACAAAUCAAUAUGCGCUUUUAGACUCAAAAAAAGAUGAACUCAUCAACAGGUGGAUGGAAAUCAAAAGUUUCAACACCAAAAUUCAUUAAUUUAAUUCCAAAAGUCAACCCGCAAACCCUAUCACAAAAGACAGUAAAAAAAAAUAUACAAAUUAUUUUUGAUAUUUAUAAAUCAAAUAACUAUUGAAUUAUAUAUUUUUCUCCAUUUUAUAUAUUUAUAGGAUAAAACUGCUGUAACAUAAAAUUCUGUUUACUCUGUUAAUAUUUCAAAACUAUAUGUACCCUAGAAGCGUUCAUUGGGUUGCCAGGUUAAUGUUACCUACACAGACUUUGCUAAGGCCUUCGACAAGGUCGAUCAUAACACUCUAGCAACCAAACUAUUUAGUUUUUCGUAACCCUUUUUAUCCUUAGCUAAGCGCUUAAGCUUCUUAAUCAAGAGAAAAACACAAUAGUAAAAAUAAAGAAAUGUAAAUCCCUGUUCAAUAAUGUGAGCUCGGAGAUUCCUCAGGGAUAUUAUAUAACUCCCCUUUUAUUUAAUAUAUAUUUUAUAAAGGGUUUUUUAUUUUACAAAUUCACGUUUUUACCUUUUGCUAUAAAAAAAUGUAUGACUAUCUGACCAAUUUGUUACUAUUUAUUACUUAAUGUAAAUUUAUUUAUGUUUUUCUGUACCUUAGAUUUACAUCUAAGACUUACAUUUUCACGUUUUCACUACUAUCGUUUAAUCAUAAUUAAAUAGUGAAAAAUUCGCGUGUUUUAAUUAAAUAUUUUAAGUUAUAAUUACACUAUGUUUACGAUGGGCUUUUCAAGGUUAGCUAAAAUUAGAUCAACUGGCAUCCACUUCAAAGCGGCAAAAAGUCCAUUGGUGUACCUGGUGGAUGAGGCCGGGGUCCGGACGAAUUUCUCUGAAAAUUUCAUGCGAAUGGAGCACGACCUGACGCUGGAUGUAUUGUACAAAAACUGCCGUCAUGGCCCCAUGUAUGUGGAUGUAUGCAACGAUUUGCUUUCCGACAUCCAGACCAAAGUUUCAGAAACCGGUACCGAGUGGAAAUUGCACAACACUGUCAUUAUACAAGAGAACGUUCACGGUUUCGUCAGGUAACUACGUUAAAGUAUAUAAACUUUCUUACUUAGAUUCUGAGAGCAGCGAGGAAUGUAUUAGUUCUACUAUGAUGUUUAUUGUUUUAGAUUCUAAGUGGAGCGAAGGUGCAUUGAUGUAGACAUUUUUUUUGAUUUUCAAAAUAAUUUGGAAACCUAAAAAAAAACUUAUAGGAAAUACGGACAAAUAUUUAAGACGCACCGCUGCGUUACUGAUUUUUUUUUUUUUGAUUUUUACGAAUUAUCUUUUCCACCAGAAAUCUUGCUCCAAUCAAAAAAUCACAAUUAAUUUUUACCGAAAGCUUUCUCGUAUUUUCUAAGUUUUUAUUUUGAUUUUACCCAAUUAUUUUUAAAUAUGUUAAUAAAAUCAACACCGUACUUUUUUACUAACCAAUUAAAACUAAAAUUUAACAAAUCAGGCCUCUUGUUAUUUUUUGAUUGGAACAAGACUUUUGGUAGGAAACUUAAAUAGUAAAGAAUUAGUACUGGAGACGGAUGUAGCCACUGUUGUAGAUAAUUAAUGGGGAAAAAGAGAUACAUAAAUUUAUUUAAUUUAUGUUUGUAAUUAACAAUAAACCAUUGAUAAUGAAAAACGUUUCUGAGCGAAAUUCGGUUAUACAAGUAUUGAAAAGCCGUAAUCAUUGCGAUUUUUGUCAAAAUUUGAUUUUAAAACUUAUACAAAAAAAAAAAAUAACGGACAUACUUCGCACGUGGGUGCAGUCACAUUUGUAGGCGAGAAGUUAGGUAGGUAAAAGAGGGGAAAUUUAUAUUUAUGGGUGAAAACAUAAACUAUUCAAAUAUAAAUAAAUAUAUAAUAUAGCUAACCGUAAUUAGAAAAAAAUCACAUGUUUUGUCUUUCCCCCCCCCCAAAUUAUUAUGAAAACCCCUUAGAUAAUCAAAAAAUAACUCCUUUAAUACGCCAACUAUGUUCAAAAAGCAACAAAAUAUGUUAAUUUGUUUAUUUUGAUUGGGACAAGAUUUCUGGAAGAAUAGUUGCCUACAGGUACAAAAAAAAAAAACACAUAAUAAAACCAAUAACAUUCCUCGCUAAACUCAGAAUUUAAAAUGCAUUGAUUUCUUGUCUACUAUAACGUAAUAUUGUUACAUUUACUAUUGAAUUGAAUAUAAUAUGUUUUUAUGUGAUAAAAAAUAUUAAUUUUAUCAAAGUAUAAAAUGUUAUAAAUAUUAUAUACAAAGGGAAAUUAUUGAAAACAAAUUUGUAUACUCAUGGUGUAAAAAAAAUUGCACACGUCUAGGCUCCAUAUAAAAUAGCCUGGUUGCUCUACAAUGUAAAAUUUUUAUUUUUUUACGAUAUCACUAUGGACAGUAUAUACACAUACAUCAAUGCCAAGCCAUUGAAGCAUAGUUGUGUCAUACUACUGCUAAGCCAUAUUUUUAUUUUUCAAAAGAACUAAUAUAAAACGAAAAUAUAGUUUUUAUGAAGAAGACUCAAUAUAAAAAUAAAUUAACAAGUUAUUUAAACCUAAAUGUAAACCUUCAAAGUUUUCACUCAUCAAAACUCAAAUUCAUUUCUACGUGUAAUUGAUAAUAGUGUUGUUUCUAAUAUAAUACAAUUGUGUAUUGAAGAAAAGAAUUUAUUUUUAUUUAAUAAUUCCAGAAAUAUUAGAUAUCUUCUUUUUUUUUCGUUCCAGAUUUUAUACCAUAAAAAUCCCUUAUCUAAUAUAUUAUCUAUCAUUCACCAUGAAAUGAUUUAUUUUAAUUUUAGUUUAAUAUUAAAUUCGUCUUUUUUAAUAUUUUAUAUUCUCGUAUAAUCUACAAAAAGGCGCUAUGAAACGUCAAAAAAAUCCCUGUGAAAGCGCUUACAAAUAUUUAAAAAAGCAAAAAUUUUAGAAGAUUUCAAAAGUCCCCCCCACUAAUGGCUUUAAAUAAUUUAAUUAAAUUUUCUAACACUACGAAAAGUUUUUGAGGUAUUACAAAAUGUUAUUUAUAAGUUAGGUAAAUCGGUUAAAAUGGGGACUUCCAUCAAAGGAAACCAGUAUUAAAUACAAAUAGUUUUUCUAGGGAUGGCAUUAUUAAAAUUAUAGUAAUGACCCUUUUUUUUUGAAUCUGAGUAGAGCGAAGAAACUUAUAGUUUUACAUAAAUGUAUAAGCAUUUAAGUAAAUAAUAAAAUAAAAUAAUAAAUAAAUUUAUCUGUGUGUAACUUUUCUACCAGAGGACUUGCUCAAAUUUUUAAGUGUAGCAUGUUUUCUGAAAGGAAAUUGGUGUAAGGAGGUAUUUUAUGGAGGUCAUUUUUCGAUUUUUUCUGAAGUUUUAUCAUCAAAUUUGAAAAACCAAAUAAUUAAAACUAAGGAAAAACAGGAAAAACUUAAGAAAACUAGGAAAAUCCGUGUAACAUUGAACAAAUAUUAUUAAAGAAAAUAUAUAGAGCCUAUUUAAUUAUUUUGCUAUAAUAUGACAUAUAAUAUAUUGUUGACAAAGCAUCACUAUCAACUGAACUCUGCUCAGAAUCGUUUUUUCCUUAGCAAUGGUUAAUCGUUGCUAACAGAUAUACAUUAAAUUACCUAGAACAGUGGCUGCACCCACCCCUAUUACCCUAGGACGUCUUUUCUUUUUUUUUUUGCUUAUCUACCCUUUUACUAAAACCAGUCAAUUUUUUUUAAUAAUUUAAUUAAUUAUGAAUUUACCUACAUUUGACGGGGGGGGGGGCAAACAAAAUUCCAAGGGGUGGGGCUAUCACCCUCCCUGACAUAUACCUGGAUUUAACACUGCCUAUGAUAACGGGUAUAAUCAAAAGGAACAAUUUUGAGAUGUUCGCAGAUCAUUUUAGCAAGAGAUCUUGACUUGUUAAAAUGCAAUUUUAUAAAUUGGUUAAAUUUACACGCAAAGUUAAUUUUUCAGAUAGUACACGAAUAAGAGGCAUAAUUUUAACGCCAUUAGUAUGUUCUUAACUAGAAUCAUAGAUGGAGUUUGAGUUUGAAUACAUUUCGGUAUUGACAUUUUUAAUUUUCGUAAAUCCGGUGACGAUAUAUUCCAGUUUUAUGUUUGAAUAAGGAGAUUGUAGUAGUGGAAUACUAUUUAAACACCACAAACCGUGCCGUAACACUAAAUACUUUCCCCUUACCUAAACUUAAGAUUGAAAAGGGAUUUUAAAUUAUAUAUGAUUUCAAAAAUUUUUUACAUAGGUCCCGUUUUUGAAAAACAAAUAUUUUAUGCGAACAUUCUACCGUAACAUGAAAUUUUGAAUCACAAAAAGAGUGAGGCCGGGAAAAAGACCAGAAUAAAAUAAAAUAGACUGCCAGUAAAAAUAAAAUUUUCGUAUUUUUCAAGAUUAGAAAAUAUGUUUUACUUUAAUAUAACGGUAUACACGGUAUGAAUACAUGAGCAACACAAGAUUUCACGAUUUGAGACACACUUUUACAUACAUGGUGCAGUCUGUUUGCGAUGUACCGUAAAAUUACUACGUAAAGUAGUCAAUAGGUAUUUUGCACAAUGUAAUUAUUUUUGACAAUGCAGUGUUGUAAUUUGUUAGGAAAUAUAUAUUUAUUUAUAUUCACUAAACAUUCGAAACAUUUUUAUUUAGUAUUAUUAUUUUGUUUUUUGUUCUUUUUUUGCAAUUUUGGAUCAAAAUACUUCGAUCGUAUUUCUUGUACUCCACGAAUAUUUUAAACUGAAUGACAACAAAAAAUCAAAAUUGAAAAUAAUGUACAAAUUAUUCUCGUACGUUUUCCGGUUUUUUCUACGUGUGUUUUUUGGUUUUGCUGAAUUUAAAUAAAAAUAAAAAAUACAGAUAAAAUCGAAAAAGGACUACAGCCCGAAUAGAUUAAAUAUUAAAUAUUCAUCGAAAAAGUCUCCGGUUGUUUUUCUAUCGGAACAAUAUUCCUGGUGAAAAACACCGUGCGUGCAAAUUGAAAGAUUAAAAUGAAUUAAAUCGAAUUUCGACUGAUCCAAUAUUAUUAUGUUGAUACGCGUGGAGCGCGAAUACGUUGUCGCAAUUUGAUGAAAACUAAUGAAAACUAAUUGUCGGUCACGUUUACUACGAUGGAAAAUUACGUAAUAUCGGUACCANGCCUGUGCGAUGACAGGGUGUGUGGGGGGGUAUUUCCGCCGCGACGGUCGGACGAGUGGCGGCGUCAGUGGUGGAGUCGAGGAUCCGAGAAAAUUUAGCCAUGUUUGAUAUGGGGUACGGGUACUAGGAGCACACGCGAAAUGAUACGAGCGAGUCUAGACGUUUACGUUGAAACGCCGAGCGGUCCAUUUAAGCUGCCACGCUCAAAAUUGUUUUUUUUUUUUUUGACAAUUUAAAAAUCGAGCGACUCUAAAGUUUCGCGUUUUUGUAUCAUAUCUUGUAAAAAAUAAUACAUCACAUUAAUAUCACGGUAUGUGUGGCGCGAAUAUGAGCGACACCGGAUUUUUUACAAUUCGAGACAAAACUUUCCCUACGUCCGUUUGUUAUGUCACGUAAAAUAGGUAUUUUGAAUAGUAUAAAUAUUUUUAACAACGUUUUUGUGUUUAAUACUUUUAAACAUUUUAAUAAAGUAUAAUUUUUUGGUUUCUCGAAUGAAAGUACUUCGAUCGUAUUUCUUGUCCCGUUAAACUAGCCGUUUUGGGAUUUAUCUAUCUCUUUAAUAAAAUAUUUAUACAAGAAUGAAACCCGAAUUUGUAAAAGGAAGUUUCGUCGUCAACUCAGUCAAAUAUCGAAAUCAAUUAAGUACAACUUAUAUAAUUGUUUAGUAUUCCAUAAUGAUAUUAGAUUUUGAGUGAAGCAAGAAUUCGAGAGUGUAUUGGUUUACUGUACUGUGUAUCUAUUUUAAUUGUGUGUUUGUAAAUAAAUUUUCUAUCGGAAAUAUUGUUUCAAAUGAGAAACUUAAUAGGAAUUUUCUUGUACAAUUUUCGAUUUAGUUUGUGUGUUUUUCGAUUAUCCUGAUUGUUUUUUUUUUAAUAAAUCGGAAAAUUUAAUCAUUUUUGUAGAUUUCUGUAUUACCUUGGCAGCACGUAAAAAAAUACAAAUAAUAAUAUAAUAUUCUACUCAAAAUCGUUUUUCGUUAGUUAUCGGUUAUCAUUGCGUACAGAUAUAUUAAGUUAAUUAAAUCACAAUGUAUGUAAUCUUGUUUUUCAAAAUUCCUCCAAAAAUUGCACCAUAUUAUUAAUACCAGUAUUUUAGAUUCUGAGUGAAGCGAAGAAGCUUAUGGUUUUACAAAGAUGUUUAUUUUUUCUUUUUUCUGUGAAAUGCUUUUCUACCAUAGAAUUUGCUCUGGUUUUUACUUGUAGCGCCUUUUCUGAAAGUAAAUUGAUGUGAGUAGGUACCUCAAAGAGGUUAUUUUACGUAAUAUUACGAUUUUUUUUUUCUGUGGACAACUUUUCUAUCAGCAAUUUUGUUCCAACGUAUAAUGACAGCAAUUUUUCUAAGAGGAAAUUUAACUGGGGAGAUAUUUUAGACAGGUCUUUUUUAGAUUUUCUCCGGAGUUUUCUCAGUAAAUGUGAAAAAUUGGAAAAAACAUAGGAAAACCAAGGAAAUCAGUACAACAUUAAACAAAUAUUUUUUUUUAACAAAAUAUAUAGAGCCUAUUUAAUUAUUUUACUAAAAUAUGGCAUAUAAUAUAUUGUUGACAAAGCAUCACUAUCAACUGAACUCUGCUCAGAAUCGUAUUUUCGUUAAAAAAUGGUUAAUCGUUGCUAACAGAUAUACAUUAAAUUACCUAGAACAGUGGCUGCACCCGUCCCUAUUAUCCUAAGCAGUUUUUUUUUUCAAUAUUUUUACAAUAUUAUAUCGACGGCUAAAAGCGAAUUGGACGGCGUAUCCGCUAGGUUCGUGAAAGCCACAAAUCUAUUUCUCCUAUAUUUAACGUUAUUUUAAGAAGUUGAAUUUGAUCCAAAUUGUCUGAAUCAAUAUGGAUUGUUAAACAAAGUUAUGUGAAAUAAUACUGAUGAAAUUAAAGGUCAACAAAGUUAUUUAUUAAUAAGUUAUUACUUACGCGUGGAGCGCGAAUACGUUGUCGCAAUUUGAUGAAAACUAAUGAAAACUAAUUGUCGGUCACGUUUACUACGAUGGAAAAUUACGUAAUAUCGGUACCAGGAGCGCAUGUGGAAACCGCGGUGUGCGUAGUGCCUGUGCGAUGACAGGGUGUGUGGGGGGGUAUUUCCGCCGCGACGGUCGGACGAGUGGCGGCGUCAGUGGUGGAGUCGAGGAUCCGAGAAAAUUUAGCCAUGUUUGACAUGGGGUACGGGUACUAGGAGCACACGCGAAAUGAUACGAGCGAGUCUAGACGUUUACGUUAAAACGCCGAGCGGUCCAUUUAGGCGGCCACGCCCGUGACUUUGAAAAACGAAAAAUAACGUAAUUUCAAAAUUUUUUUUUUUUUUUUUUUUUUCGAUAAUUUGAAAAAAACAAGCGGCUGCUUUAAUGUUAUAUGAUUAUUUCUUCUAACCAUUUCGUUUACGGACGAAACGACUGACUGUAUUUUGAUUUCCAAACCUAUAUAACAAAUUCCACAAAUAGAGUGUUAGUUUAAAUAAAUUUCGCGGCGUUGACAUUUUUGAUUUCCGUCGACCCACUGACUGUAUAUUUCACUUUUAUGUUUGGGUUAUGUGAUAUAUAGCGGAGCCCUAUAAAAAAUAUCGCUUUUAAUACUUUUCAAAAUAGACGGUUAAAUGGAUCGCUCUGGAUAUUAUAAUACAGAAUUUAACUAAGAACAACCCAAAACGUAAAUUGGAGAAUAUUUUUAGGGCAGUAACGUGAAUCGUAGUUAUGAGCAAAGCCGUAUUUACAGGUUUCAUCAUUUUUAAUAAGGCUCAAAUCUAACAUUUUACAACGUGUUUUAAAUCUUAAAAUCUAAACAAAAUUACAAUCUAUUAUUCUACGUAAUAAAACAAAGUGACAGUUUUCUUAUUAACGCGUGAUCGCGUAAACUACACCGAUUGUCUUGAAAUUCGCCAUAGGUAUUCAAUUAACCUCAAGAGUGUUAGCGUAAACAUGAAAAUCCCCCUAAAGAUUUUUCACGAUCACCAGGAGGUUGAAAAUCCAGAGUUUUAAAAAAAUAAUAUUUAUAUACAAUUUCGUUGUUAUUGAGUUAUUUAUUUUAUUUUAUUUGCUUUUUUAGAUUCUGAGCGAAGGCAGGAAUGUGUUGGUUUUACAAUGAUGUUUAUUUUUUUUUUUUUUUGUAAAUACUUUUUCUUUUCUUUUAAUUAUUUUUUUUAAAUUUAGAUUUAUUUCGUAUCAUUUUGUAUUCAAAUAGUUUUCGUCAAAAUUUGAUAUAAAAUUCUUUUCAAAAAAAAAAAAUACUUCAUUCAAUUCAAGUUUUAUUUCUGACCACUAUGUAAGACUUUUAAUGAACCUCCUUUAACUUUUCAAAAAAGAUAAAUAUAAGUUUCAGUCCAAAUUUCAAGUCCAUAAAAUCAAUACUAAUAUCAAAUGAAUUUCAAUAAAUAGAUUGAAAUUUUCAUAAACAGCUUUCCAUUUCUUCGCUACAUUCAGAAUCUAAAAUUAAAAGAAAGACAUAAUAAAAAAAACAUAUGUAUAUAAUAUAAUAUAAUAACACCACAAUAAAAAAUAGUAUAUAUAUUUUAAGAAAUGUAAGGUUUUGAAAUAAAUGAUAAUUCUAGAUAUUCAACAGUCUUAUUAAAUUUAACUUAGAAUAAAUGAACAAGGGAACUUCAAAAAGCUCAUGAAAAGUCUUCAGAGUGAUUUUCAUGUUUACGCUGACACUCUGAGGUCAAACUGAAUAUCUAUGUCAAAUUUUAAGACAAUUGGCCAUAUAGUUUACAAAAUCACGGGUUAGUAAAAAAAACUGCACUUUUUUUUAUUAUAUAAAAAAGUGUUAUUCAUUGAUAACACAGUAUUUAUUUACAUUAUGAACACUAAAAAAGUUGUCACUAGUUGCAACUAAUCAAAAAGUAUUUUCAGGAUGGAUAUUAAUAAUAAACAUACGUAGGUAAAUUUUGAAUUUAAAUUGUAAAAUCCAUUAUUUAAAUAAUUGAGUGUUCAUAUAAACGUGUACUAUCUAAAACGGGAGGGAGACACAGGUCCACCCCCUCCCCUAUGGACGUUCUUGUAUACAAUUUUUAUUCUUCAGUCCAGACGAUAUUAUUAUAAUUUUUUUUUUUUAAUUCACAUUACAGAGUGAUCAAAGAAGGUGACGACCAGUUCGAGAUCCGCGCAUCGGCCAUCGUUGGGACGAUAAACCUGUACUCGGCCGAAGUUGAUUGCACCGCCUCGCACGGUACCAACCAUCAUUUCUUCGUAAAAAAGAACCGGAGCCGCAUACACUACGAAGUGUUUAACAAGUUUAUGGUCCGUUUUGGCGGUUACCACACCGGCUUUAACGAAUACGACGAAGUGUCAUUUUUCUGA